AGCCCCGCAGGGCAGGGCACUACAGGCACUAGGCAGAAAGGGGUCAGACAAGCCUUGAAGAAGGUGAGGUUUUGGGGCUCUCAGCCCAGGUCAGAAGUAAGGCAAGGUUAACCGUCUUGAGGUAGGCUGCAGUUGAGCAGGAUUUAAAACAGGUGGCAAGAGUUCUGGACCCCUCAACGGGACAAGACGCACCUUGAAGCAAUUGAAUGCUUGAGUGUUGGGGCCAGGGUCUGAGCACCCCUCAAGUUGUGUGAGUUACAGAAGUUCCUGGGACAGUAAGAAGUUACGGUUUGGACCCUCAGGUCUGAGGGAGGACGACUGGGAAAUGCCAGGCAAGCAGUCGGACGACGGGCCGAUGGAAGUGGCAGCCGUGGAGGACGGAGGUGACGAAGGCCUGGGGGGCCUCACAGUGGAGGAGCUGCAUCAGGGCCAGGAGACCGCCCUGGCCCUGGAAGACAUGAUGGCUUUGAGCGCCCAGACCCUGGUCCGCACUGAGGUGGAGGAGCUGUAUGAGGAAGUGCGUCCCUUGGGCCAGGGCCGGUUUGGCCGUGUCCUGCUGGUCACUCACCGUCAGAAAGGAACACCCCUGGCACUGAAGCAGCUCCCCAAGACGUCCACUUCCCUCCGUAGCUUCCUGUAUGAGUUCUGUGUGGGCCUCUCCCUUGGCACGCAUCCGGCCAUCGUGUCUGCCUACGGCAUCGGCAUCGAGUCAGCCAGUUCCUACAGCUUCCUGACAGAGCCCGUUCUCCACGGGGACCUCAUCACCUUCAUCCAGCCCAAGGUGGGUCUUGCCCAGCCAGCAACCCAGCGCUGUGCAGCCCAGCUGGCCUCGGCCCUGGAGCAUAUUCACUCCCAGGGCCUGGUGUACCGGGACCUGAAGCCGGAGAACGUGCUGGUGUGUGACCCAGACUGCCACCGAGUCAAGCUGACGGACUUUGGCCACACGCGGCCCCGAGGGACCCUGCUGCGACUCACUGGGCCUCCCAUCCCCUACACUGCUCCUGAGCUGUGCGCGCCACCACCCUUCCCCGAGGGACUACCCAUCCAGCCUGCCCUGGACGCCUGGGCUCUAGGAGUCCUGAUCUUUUGCCUUCUUACCGGCUACUUCCCCUGGGACCAGCCCCUGGUGGAGGCUGAUCCUUUCUUUGAGGACUUUCUCAUCUGGCAGGCCUCGGGCCAGCCCCAAGACCGGCCCCAGCCCUGGUAUGGCCUGUCACCCGCGGCAGACGCUCUCUUGUGGGGGCUGCUAGACCCUCACCCCAGGAAGAGGAGCCCUGUGAGCUCCAUCAAGGGCUACCUAGGCCAAGCCUGGAGACAGAGGGAGGGGGAGGCUGAGCAAUUGGCAAAGGAGCUGAGGGAAGAUGGGUAAUGAGGAAGCCACGAGGCUUGGAAGGGGGAGCAGCCUGCAUGCCGAGACCUGCUUAGCCUGCACUGCCUGGCUGGGGCCUCCUCUCUGCAAUCCCUCUGCUACCUGUCCUGUGUGUAGAUUGCGUCUCUCCUUUAUGCUCUGUGCGUGUGUGCAUGUGCGCGCUCGCACACACACGCGUGCACGUUGGGUGAAGGUCAGAGGACUUUGGGGGAGUCAGUUCUAUCCUUCCAUAUUGGGGCCCACUGAAUUCUUUAUCAGUCUUCAAACUCCCUUCCCUAUGGGAGCCGUCUCUGGUCUUGAUCUCUGGAUCCUCCUGCCUCAGAAUCCCGAGUCCUGGGAUAACAGGCACGCACGGUGCUCAGCUCUCCUGCAUAGCCGCGCACCGUCCCGCCCACCUCAGAUAGCCUCCCCUAUAAACCCCAGGUAGGACGGCCACCAGCCCUGGACGGCGUGAUCCUAGACCCCUCCUCUGUCUACUGUGCGUUCCUGGUGUGCGCUGUACCCCUUCUAACCGUAGACCCUCCCGGAGGGCGGGGCGCCGUCUUGGCUCCCGAAGGACUGCCCCCUGCAUCCUCAGAGCGGUACCCAGCCUGCAGCAGGCAACCAAAUCAUCAGGCACAUCCGUCCAUCGGUGCCUCUCUCGCUCCUCGCCGCUGUCUUCCUGGCUUUGUCAUCCCGUCUUCUCUCAUGGGGCUUCACGGCACUCAGAUGGGCUCCAGCUUUUUUUUUCUCCCACCAACCUGCAUGCUGGGAUACCGCCAUGCCCCCGCCACGCCCCUCGGACACCGCCACUCCACGCCCCCCUAUCAUCACGCCACACCCCCCCACCCGAGUGAGGUCCGCCUGCCUCAGCUGCCCUCUGCAAAUAAAGUCCCCCUGACAACUA